AUGACAACAAGUUUAUUGACAGGGGCUGCUUUCGGCACUGGUCUUACCCUCUCGGGCGUUGCAAACCCACAAGUCAUCAGGGAUCAGUUCAGCCUCUCCGACUUCCACAUGCUCGCCACAUUUAUCACUGCAUCCGCCACGAGUGCUGUCAUCUUUACAACCUACAACAAGAACAAAUCCUCCGAUGACAAAAUUCCCAUCAAACUACCUUCCAAUCACGGCUGGCUCGGAUCCUACGACGGCAACAUCAUUGGCGGGGCUAUACUCGGUCUGGGGAUAAGUUUAACCGGUGCAUGUCCUGGGACUGUUCUCGUGCAAGCCACGGCUGGUGUUGGACACAGCCGGUUACUCGCCUGCACUUCUCUCCUUGCAGGGGUCGCCUGGGUCAAAGUCAAGCCAUUGGUAUCCAAGCCGCAGUCGCCGACGAGCGGCGCCGAGAAUAACAACGUUAUGCUUAUUACCGGAUGGUCGGCGAACAAAGUCCUUAUCGCGUACGAGAUUACCUUGCUUGGUAUCCUCGCUGCGAUAUUGGCUGUCGCGCCGCGUAGUGAGACAUUACUGCAUCCGGUUGUCGGCGGCCUUCUUAUCGGCGUUGGACAGCUUUCUUCUGUCCUUUUCACCAACAAGCCAGUUGGUGUCAGCGGUGCCUACGGAGAGUUUGGAAAUAUCUUUUGGGACUUGGUCAGUGGGAAGACGCUCAAGUCAAUCCCCGAGAGUAUUCUAUUCGCCGGUGGAGUUGUGGCGGGUUCUUGGUUGACCAUCACCCAAGUCCCUGCUAUUCGGGAGGCAAUGGUUAGCAGCCAGGAGCAAUCUUUGCCAGGUCUAAUUAUCGGAGGAGUUCUUUUGACUUUUGGUGCGCGUAUUGCUGGUGGGUGCACCAGUGGUCAUGGGAUCAGUGGGAUGGCGAGUAUGGGAGUGAGCUCCUUCAUCACCAUUGCAUCCAUGUUUGGCGCCGGAGUGCUGUUCAGAGCAUUUUUUCCGUGA